AUGGUUUCUAUUGAGGCAAUACAGCAGCAGCAGCAGCAGCAGCAGCAGCAGCAGCAGCAAGCAGCAAAAGAAGAAGCUACAGCUGCAGCAGAAGCACUACAAGCGGCAGCAGCACCAGAAGAAGCAGUGCAACCAGCAGCAGCAGCAGCAGCAGCAGCAGCAGCAGCAGCACAAGCACUACAACCAGCAGCAGCAGCAGCAACAGCAACAGCAGCACAAGCACUACAACCAGCACCUGUCUCCGCUGGUUGUGUUCAACAGCAAUACAGCAGCAGCAGCAGCAGCAGCAGCAGCAGCAGCAGCAGCAAGCAGCAAAAGAAGAAGCCACAGCAGCAGCAGAAGCUCUACAAGCAGCAGCAGCACCAGGAGAAGCAGUGCAACCAGCAGCAGCAGCAGCAGCAGCAGCAGCAGCACAAGCACUAA